GUUUCGGGACAAGGCUUGCGGUGCUGCCCGAUACUCAGUCUUUUACAAAGUUGUGUGCGAUUCCGGCACUCAUCCACCGCAGGCGUUGCGUUGAAUCGAGUCUGCGUGUUACCGUAGGUUGCAAGUUUGUGACGGAUUCAGGUGUGGUUAAGAAUCAAGGGAGAAGCGCAGGUGUAGCAAUGGCGGACGAGUUGGCAGCGGCGACCGAAGCUUUGAGAUUGGAUGAUUCCAAGGGCGAGGAGCUGGAGGAGGGGGAGAUUGUUGAGAACCCCGCAGAUCGUCCCGCCGAGACGAAGAAGCACCCGCUGGAGCAUUCGUGGACGUUUUGGUUUGACAAUCCGAACGGGAAACAGAAGCAGGCCACAUGGGGGAGCUCUCUGCGUUCCGUCUACACGUUUCACACUGUUGAGGAAUUUUGGUGCUUGUACAACAACAUUUUGCAACCUAGCAAGCUGAUUGCUGGGGCAGAUUUUCACUGCUUCAAGAGCGGAAUUGAGCCUAAAUGGGAGGACCCUAAGUGUGCCCAUGGUGGCAAAUGGACUGCUCAGCCACCCAGGAGCGGCGGCAAGGCUGUGCUUGACACCUACUGGCUUCACACAUUGCUGGCUAUGAUUGGAGAGCAAUUUGAUGAAGGUGACGAAAUUUGUGGAGCAGUUGUCAGCGUGAGACGAGCGCAGGACAAAAUAGCUAUCUGGACUAAGACUGCCUCUAAUGAGGCUGCUCAGGUCAGCAUCGCGAAGCAAUGGAAAGAUGUUCUGGAUUACAAUGACAAGAUUGGUUACCUAGUUCAUGAGGAUGCCAAAAGACAAGACAAGAACGCUAAAAACAGGUAUACUGUUUAGAAAAUAGGGUCCAUUGGAUCAUAUAACUUGUUUUAAGGACUGCCAUCUUAUCCAUGGUAGCGUCACCUCUCUGGUUAGUGACGUGCUCUCUAGCCAUGUGGCUAUCCUGUUUUUAGACAGUAGAUAACGGCAGAGUUUCUUACAAGCUUUGGAUGCUUUUGUUAUUCUUGUCCCUGGAGAAUGUAUAAUUAUCUUCAGUAAUUAAAAGCUGUAGAAUAGAGGGAGACGCCAUAACGUUGUUGGAUGAAUUUUUUUACGAUUGGGGUCUCCUGUGCUGCUGAUCUUUAUCUUAA